AUACUUCGGAAUAUGUGACGUAUUGCACGUGAAAACGUUCUUUUUUUUUUUAAACAUAAUUUUACUUACACGCCAUCUGCUCUUUGUGCAACAACGCUAUUGGUUGUGCAAUAGCUGGCAUGGUCAGUUAAAUAACUAAAUUAGUUGAGUAAACAUGUCUCGAUGGCAUGACGGCUGAAAUUCAUCUCCCAAAUAAUAAGUUACCUAGUUCCUAAAAGAAACACUGGCGGCUCAAUGAGCGAGAUCCACCCAGUCUACUUUUUUCUUCUUAACUGGCACUUUACAACAAGAAGAUAGCUAGCUGAAAAGCCUAUGUCAACUCAUCGCGCGUUUUUCACUAUGGAGAAUUCCGAUAAAUAUGGUCGCACAAACCUGAAUCCCACUGGAUACAGCGUGAAUGCUAGUUCUGGGGAAAGUCCAGGGAUUUGUGCUUAUAUUCUUACAGCAUUAUCUAUAUUAUUGUUAAUCGUCACCUUUCCGUUUUCAUUGAUACUUUGUGUAAAGAUCGUUCAGGAGUAUCAGAGAGUUGUGGUUUUUCGCCUUGGUAGAAUACAGCGUGACGGGGCCAAGGGUGCAGGUAUCUUCUUUAUCAUCCCUUGCAUCGAUACCUAUCACAAAGUUGACCUAAGAACAGUGUCCUUUGAUGUUCCCCCACAAGAGAUUCUUACAAAGGACUCCGUAACAGUAGCAGUUGAAGCUGUAGUUUACUACCGUAUUAAAGAUGCUACUAUUUCUGUAACGAAUGUCGAGGAUCACGGCUGUUCGACGCGCUACCUAGCGGCAACCACACUUAGGAAUUUUCUGGGAAGCAAAACUUUAUCUGAAAUUCUCUCCGAGAGAGAGAGCAUUAGUCACGUGAUGCAGGCUACUUUGGACGAAGGCACAGACCCCUGGGGAGUUAAAGUUGAACGAGUAGAGAUUAAAGAUGUGCGGCUUCCCACACAACUACAACGAGCAAUGGCAGCAGAAGCUGAAGCCUCGAGAGAAGCACGUGCCAGAUUGAUUGCCGCUGAAGGCGAACAAAAUGCCUCGAGGGCGUUACGGGCAGCUUCCGAGGUGAUUGCUGGUUCUCCCGCUGCUCUCCAGCUUCGUUAUCUACAGACUCUAAACGCUAUAUCUGCCGAGAAAAACUCUACCAUUGUCUUCCCCAUACCCAUGGAAUUGUUACGAGGAUUCGCCAACAAGGCUUAACAGUUUCAUCACGUGGAACGGCGGGAGCUCUACGUCCAUUCAUAGUUACGAACCUUUUUAUAUAAAGUAGAUGAUCAAGAGAGACCACCAAACGUUUAUUAAAUGGAAACCUUUGUAAAUAAGAGAGAAUUAUUUAAAGAUGUUUAAAAACACUGCUUUAUCAUAACAGACACUGUACAGAAUACAUCUAUAGGAUAGAUUAUUUACUGUACAUUCUACAUGCAAGUUAUUGUGAAAUUUGUAGAGAAUGACGCACUGUGUUUUACCAUAUAACUAACAGGUUAUGAAAUUACUUCGUUAGUAACUACAAGCAUGAAUAAAUUAAACAAACAGGUAUGGUAAAACUUAUAGCAGAGUGCUCUUCUCAGAAGUUCUUUCUUAAGUUCUUCACACUCUGAAAUAAAGUGACAUAAGUUUGUUUGAAAGUUGAAUUACUGUUUAACAUCAUAAAUGAACUGUUAUAAGUUUGUUUGAGAGGUGAGUUACUGUUCAACUUCCUAAAUGAACUGUUAUAAGUUUGUUUGAGUGUUCGGUUACUGUUUAACCUCCUAAAUGAACUGUUAUAAGUUUGUUUGAGAGGUGAGUUACUGUUUAACCUCACAAAUGAACUGUUAUAAGUUGCUUUGAGUGUUCAGUUACUGUUUAACCUCCUAAAUGAAGUGUUACACGUUUGUGUGAGAAUUGAGUAUUGUUUAAACGCCUAUUGAAUCAUUAUAAAGUUACUUGAAAAUUGAGUUAUUGUUUAACCUCUUAAAUGAAGUGUUAUGAAUUUAUUUGAAAACUGAGUUGUUGUUCAACUUACUACAUUAAGUGUUAUAAGUUUGACCGGGUUCGAACCCGAGACUCCCAGAUUGCGAGUCGAGUACCCUAACCACCAGUCUUGGCUCACUUGAUGUGACUGGAUAACUUUUGGUCAUGACUUCACUUGACGUGACUGGAUAACUUUUGGUCAUGACUCACUUGAUGUGACUGGAUAACUUUUGGUCAUGAUUCACUUGACGUGACUGGAUAACUUUUGGUCAUGACUCACUUGAUGUGACUGGAUAACUUUUGGUCAUUACUCACUUGAUGUGAGUGUAUAGCUUUUUUUCAUGACUCGCUCGUUAUGACUGGAUAGCUUUAGGUCACGACUCACGCGAUGUGACUGGAUAGCUUUUGAUAAAUUGUGUCAGUAAUUUCUAUCCACCUAAAUAGAACAUGUUCAGAUGUAGACAAACACAUAUAUUUCUCUGUUAGUAUUUUUUACAUGUUAAAGUUAAUUAUUAUUUGACUUGUUGGUUUCUGAUUUCUCGUACUUGAGAAACGACAUUUUUUUUGUCUUGCUUAUAACUAAUUAUUUCGACAACACAGAAAUAUUGGUUCAUAGUUUAAUCGAAAGUUGUGUUCGAUUAGAAAGCAAGCAAAGAAAAGGGGAGGGCGUGUCACGUGCUGCCUGUUUGUUCUGACGUCAACUAACCUGGCAAGGAUUACAGUUUCUUCAAUAGCACAUCUGUGCAUGUGUGACGUGUUAUAUAUAUAUAUUGAGUUUUCAUUGUUAAGUCUUCAUGUCUAACACAUGUACACUGUAUACAUAUUUAACCCCCCACCCCCAGCGUCUCAGCGGUAAAUUUGCAGAUUUUUGACGCUAAUAUUCGGGUUUUGAUACCCGUGGUUGGCACAGCGCACGUGGAACUUCGUGCUAAACAAGAAACAAGCGAAACAUCGCUGUUAAACAGAAUAAUUUAUUUAUUUUUUUCCUGUAUGUUUGUUUCUACACUUAUACGUCUUUUGUGUCGUAUAAUGUGAAGCCAUUAUCUUGAUAGAACAAUACAGUGGCCUGUUGACCGAGAAACUCCGCCACAGAGCCUGGAACUCGGUUAAUUUAAGAGUUAUUGUCACUGAGGAGAGUGAGGGGGAGCGUUUCAAGAAACUGAGCUUCGUCGUCUUUGGUAUGAGCAUGUUAUACAUUGUUCUAGACACACACGUGCUUGGUUUCAAGUGAUAACAACCCACACAGAGCACAGAUCCAAAUUUAGAGAAUAUCUUUGGAGUCAUCUUCAGGGGACCACAUUGAAAGACCUACCCCCCCCCCCCUCAGCCUUCCUGUCAUUAUCAACCUGGUGUAAGCUUUUGAACUAACGAUGGUUAAAAUAGUCAACAGACGCUAGUUUCAGGAGCAUUCCUCGCAGAGUAGAAGCGUUAUUCAGACCGAUCGAUCGAGGGAGGUGUCAUACUGUAUUAGGACAAUAAUCACCCCUUAUCUCUCCCUCCCCCAGUUGUGACUAUGUUUAGCAUCAAGUUUGAUGACUGGGAAAACAGAAAUAGCUGGUUUACAUUGUCCACGCUUUCUGACUAUAGGUUUGAUUUGUUUUUUAAUUUCGCGCAAAGCUACACGAGGGCUAUCUGCGCUAGCCGUCCCUAAUUUAGCAGUGUAAGACUAGAGGGAAGGCAGCUAGUCAUCACCACCCACCGCCAAC